AUUUUAGCUGACUGAUCUCAGAUAAACACGAAACGUUUUGACGAUCAGUCAUCUAUUUGCAUUCUUCACAAUGAGGUCGGUUUUGCUUGCGAUGCUGCUGGUGCUCGGAUCGAGUAUGGCACAACUUGUUAACAGAGACUAUGCCUCACAAGGAGAAAAUGGACUGAUAAAUGGUGGUAGACCAGGAGGUCCUUUUCAAAGUGACGAUCAAGAAUCUCUUGGCCAAAUCAGAAGUGGAUUGUUCGGAGAAAGUAAGACAGGAGGCCCAUUUCAAAUUGGGAAUCAUCAAGGAGGUCUAGUUUCUGGAGGUAACAGAGGAGGUCCCUUUGGUGGUAAAUAUAAUGGCCCAGCUGAAGGUGGACUGAUCAGUGGCAGUAAAACUGGAGGACCAUUCGCCAGUAUUCAUCAUCAAGGAGGUUUAAUUUCUGGGCAAAAUAGUGGAGGUCCAUUUGCCAGUAACAAUCGUCAUGGAGGCUUAGUUUCUGGACAAAAUAGUGGAGGCCCAUUUGCUGGAAACCAUCAUCAAGGAGGUUUAAUUUCUGGACAAAAUAGUGGAGGUCCAUUUGCCAGUAACAAUCGUCAAGGAGGCUUAGUUUCUGGACAAAAUAGUGGAGGCCCAUUUGCUGGAAACCAUCAUCAAGGAGGUUUAAUUUCUGGGCAAAAUAGUGGAGGUCCAUUUGCCAGUAACAAUCGUCAAGGAGGCUUAGUUUCUGGACAAAAUAGUGGAGGCCCAUUUGCUGGAAACCAUCAUCAAGGAGGUUUAAUUUCUGGACAAAAUAGUGGAGGGCCCUUUGGAAGGAAUCAAUGGGCAGGCGAUGACCGCAGUGGCCUCAUUAGUGGUAGCCAAACUGGCGGUCCAUUCGCCAAAGAAGGACUUAUUUCUGGAGGAAAUAGUGGAGGUCCCUUUGACAUAAAUCAAGGAAGAUAUGGAUUGAUCAGUGGCAGUAAACGUAGAGGUCCAUUGGCCAGUAUCAAUCAACACGAAGGACUAGUUUAUGGAGGAAAUAGCCAAGGUCCUUUUGGAAGUGGCCUAGUCAGCGGAAGCAAUUCAGGAGGGCCAUUUGUAGCUGGCAAUCAUCAAGGAGGAUUAAUAACUGGAGCGAAUGUAAUAGAUCCAUUAUUCAGCAAUCAUAAUGGUCUGAUCACCGGUAGCAAGACUGGAGGACCUUUUAUAACCAGAUCGGAGGAAUCGGAGCUCAUAACAGGAAGUCAAACAGUAGGUCCUUUAGGGAACUAAAUGUAAUAGAAGUCCGUCUAUUUAAAGGUUUUCAGCAGUUAUGAAUUAAGUUGAAAAAUUAAACCUUACCAAGUAAAUGCAAAUCAAUUAUUUUAUGGUUGAAUAAAAGUGGAAGAGGCUUAUAAAUUAAAUUUAAAUAAUACUUGAAUGCCACGAGCAUCAGAAGCUUAA